UUAUUACAACUCAUUUUAAAUUUUACUAAACUGUAAGGCUAAACUGCGUCUAGUUUAAUUAAUUUCCUGUAAUUUGAUAUUUAGAAGUUAAUUUUAGCACACAAUCGAUUGAUAUUCCCAAUGCCCAAGUCCACCCACAAAUUCAAGCUGUUAAGUAAUCGGUUGUUUUCUAGCAAACGCAUGGCUACAUACAUUCAUUAAUGGUGCUUUAUUAUGAAGAUUCCUCAAUUAGAUUGUGGCAAUUGGCAAAUAAGUGAAGGACCUGAUCAAACAGUUCGUCUGCGGGGCUUAUUUAUGAAUUUUAUUUUAUUCAAAACCAGUUAUUUUUAUUAAAGGCUCUAAAAAUAUGGGCCAUUGCCAUAUACAUAAAUGAAUGUCACCAAAGCUUUGUCUUUCGGGUCCUAAUUCUUGGUCGUGGGCUUGUAUUUUCCUCUUUGAUCCACAUGUGAAGAGGAGAUUCAUUAACAGGGUCUGUCAUUUUAAUGGAAAAUACAAGUUAUUUUUAUUUUCCUCUUUGAUCCACUUGUGAGUAUUCAAUUCUCUCUUUGCUUGCCAAGCUUUUCACUAAUCGCAAAAGUUAUAUAUAGCACAAUUAAGAAGCAAAUUAGCCAUUUCAAGGGUCAAGCAGCGACUGCUUCACUUCCCUAUGAUAUUCUUUCCAGUUUCCCACUACCUUCUUCCUCUUCUUGGAAUUUGUAUUUUUUUCCUUUAUUACUGCAAAAGGGGUCUUGUUUGCAUCUUGUGUUGCCAAGAAAAUCAUCUCAAACAAAUUGAAAUAAUUCCUUUCACGAUGGGAGUUGCGGGUCUUUUCGUCAAGUUUGCGGUGGAUUGCUUUGCUACUCUUGCAUGGCCUCUCAUCGCUUUGGGUUAUCCUUUAUGCACUUCCAUUCAAGCCAUCGAGACUAAUUCAAACUCAGACACCCAGAAGUUGAUCACUUACUGGGUCUGCUUUUCUGUGAUUUUGCUCUUUGAACAUGCAUUUCUAAAGCUACUCCUGUGGUUACCAUGGUGGAGUUACAUUAAGCUCGUUAUUGUUGGCUGCUUGGUUACACCUCACUUCGAUGGUUCUUUCUACGUCUAUAAACACAUUGUUCAUCCUUGCCUUUCUAUGGACCUGCACAUUGUCAUCAACCGAUUAAUCAUGCUGAAGGAGUUCUUCAAGCAAGACAAUCUUCUAAUAGAGGUGGAGAGAGAUGCAAAGGAAACUGAAGCUGAAGCUUUGGAGAAUAUUAUCGCUUUCAAGCCAGAGUUUGAAGAGUCUAAAGUUGUGCAGAGAGACAUUAGUUUUGCGGACAUAACAAAGAAUAAAGAGCUGGCCUCAACGGUUAGAGAAAUGAAACCUGGCCUUACUCUGGCAGGCAAUAGACCAAGUGCCUAUCUUCUCAAUGUACUACCAUCUAAUAACAUCCAAAAGGAGUGGACUUGUGCUUUAUGUCAGGUAACAACCACAUGUGAGGCAAACCUUAUUUCCCAUCUUCAUGGAAGGCGUCAUGAGGAUGCUUGUGAGAAACUGAAUGGCCUUAACCAAACAUUGAAAAUCAAGCUUUCUCCUGCUUCAGUGGAGACUGGAAGACUUCCAGAGAUCAAAGAAAUGGCAAAAGCAAUGGUAGCAGAAUGUAGAGACAAUCUUCCUGAUAAACCAGAGCCUAAGACAACCCAUGAGCCGUGGACUUGUGCUUUAUGUAACGUAACAACAACAACUAAGGCGGACCUUGUUUCACAUUUUCAAGGAAGGCGACACAAGGAUGCUUUGGAGAAACCGAAAGCCAUAAUCCAGAUAUCAAAAGUCAAGAUUUUCCCUUCUUUAGCAGAAACAGGUGCUCCUUCAGAAAACAGAGAAAUGACAAUCACAGCUUUAGCAGGUAGAAAUCUUCAUAACAUGCCGUGGACUUGUGGGGUAUGUCGGGCAAAAAUCACAAAUGAGAUGAACCUUAUUUCACAUCUUCAAGGAAGACGACAUGAAGACGCUUGCGAGAACUAUAAAGCCAACAAGCAGACUACGUAUUCUUUGUGGUGUAGAAUCUGCAAUAUGAGCUGCAGCAGUGAAGGAAACAUGAAAGCUCACCUUAGUGGGAAAAUGCACUUGGCUAGGACGCAGCUUAAUAACGUUGGAUGGAGGUUGGAGAUUUGAUUCACGACAUUAAUAAAGAA